CGACGUAGUUAUUUCUAUACUGCCCAGUAGUCAGUCAGUCAGUUCACUUUCAGUCAGCCACCCGGUCGUAGGUUUCUAGCUGGCAGUUUGUUCGUUUUGAAAAGUUGGUUUCCAUCUGGGAGGAAAUAUGGCCUUAGUGAGACUUUUGGUGUUCGAGGGUCGCAAUGCACUGCAACGGGGCUAUUGCACGGCAUCCGUGCCGACGACCAAAAUGUUCAUCGAUGGCAAAUUCGUCGAGUCCAAAACCACCGAAUGGAUCGAUCUGCACGAUCCGGCCACCAACAACGUUGUGACUCGUGUGCCGAAGUGCACCCAGGCGGAGAUGGAGUCCGCCGUUGAGUCCUCGAAAAAAGCCUUCAAGACCUGGAGUCAAACUUCGAUCCUCGGCAGGCAGCAAGUAAUGUUCAAGCUGCAGCACAUCAUUCGCAACAACAUGUCCGAGAUUGCAAAGAGUAUCACCAAGGAGCAGGGCAAGACUCUUGUCGAUGCCGAAGGCGAUGUUUUGCGAGGAUUGCAGGUUGUGGAGCACUGCUGCAGUAUUACGUCGUUGCAGAUGGGUGAAACCGUUACUAACAUCGCCAAGGACAUGGACACCUAUUCGUACACACUGCCGCUGGGUGUGACUGCCGGAAUUUGUCCGUUCAACUUCCCCGCUAUGAUCCCGCUGUGGAUGUUCCCAGUGGCCAUCACGACUGGUAACACCAGUAUCAUCAAACCUUCGGAACGCGUUCCCGGUGCCACGAUGAUGCUGAUGGAGAUGCUCAAUGAAGCAGGUUGUCCGCCAGGCGUUGUAAACGUCAUCCACGGAGCGCACGAUGCAGUUAACUUCAUCUGCGACCAUCCGGCAAUCAAGGCUGUUUCGUUUGUUGGCUCCGACCAGGCUGGUAAAUACAUCUAUGAACGCGCGGGACGCAAUGGUAAACGAGUUCAAUCCAACAUGGGCGCUAAGAAUCAUGGUGUCGUGAUGGCUGAUGCCAACAAGGAAAACACACUGAACCAAUUGGCUGGUGCUGCUUUUGGAGCUGCCGGUCAAAGGUGUAUGGCCCUUUCAACCGCCGUGUUUGUGGGUGAGGCCAAGAACUGGAUCCCCGAUUUGGUGGAUCGUGCCAGCAAACUGAAGGUGAAUGCUGGCCACGUUCCUGGAACUGAUCUGGGCCCAGUAAUUUCUCCACAGUCCAAGCAGAGAAUCAACGAAUUGGUCGAAUCUGGCGUUAAAGAAGGAGCCAAGCUCGUCCUAGACGGCCGUAACAUCAAAGUCGAUAAGUUCGAGAAGGGUAACUUUGUUGGACCAACCAUCUUGACUGAUGUGAAACCGAAUAUGAAAUGCUAUACUGAGGAAAUUUUCGGCCCUGUGCUGGUAUGUCUGACGGUAGACACUUUGGACGAGGCAGUCGAAAUGAUCAACAACAAUCCCUACGGCAAUGGAACGGCCAUCUUCACGACGAACGGUGCCACAGCACGGAAAUUCGUCAAUGAAAUCGACGUCGGACAGGUGGGCGUCAAUGUUCCAAUCCCGGUACCGCUUCCGAUGUUCUCGUUCACCGGCACGCGAGGCAGCUUCCAAGGCGAUUGCCAUUUCUAUGGCAAGCAAGGUAUUAAGUUCUACACGCAAACCAAGACCGUUACUCAGCUUUGGCGCGAAGGAGACGUUUCGCACUCCAAAGCAGCGGUCGCAAUGCCAACCAUGAAAUAGAAACCGGAUGUCGAGUGACGAACUAGAAGUGCCUGACUGGAUUAAUGUCUUCCGAGCGUUGUGUGCAUUUAAUAGUUUUACGCAGGUCCAUACGAGAUUCGAACAUUUUUGCAUUUAAACUAUUUGAUAUUGAUUUUUAAUAAAUCAUUAGCUUUACUGUUUUUCUUA